AAUAUUUAGUCGUGUAGCGUAAUUCGACGUUGCCAGAAGUGCGUGAGAUUAUUUUUGGGUUUUUUUAAUAUUUGAUGGCAAAAAUGGCAAAGUUACUCUCAAUUUUUGUAAAUAUUUUCGUUUUAACGGAAGUCUUUCUCUUUGUGUUAGGGAUGUCGCUUACGAAUCAAAAAGCUACCGUUGGACAAUUUCCCUACAUGAUCUACUUAACGAUCCUAAAAUCCCCGGGAAACAGUUUUUCCUGUGGCGGCUCCCUUCUCACCCGUAAUUUCGGGCUCACAGCUGCUCAUUGCCUGACUUUUGAGCAAGACAAUAAGACUCAAAUGGCAGAAGCUGCUCAUGCCUUCAUGGGCAUCGUUGACUUGAUGGGUCCCGAAGAAUUUGAAAUCUACCGAAAAGUAACAGAAAUGAUCAUCCACGAAAACUACCAAAUAUUUGGCGAUCAAGAUUACACUUUUCACGACAUUGCGCUCAUCCGUUUUGAGUCCCCUGUGGAUUUUUGUUCGCGCGUUCAACCGAUAACGCUGCCAGAUGGUCAAAUCAGAACCAGAUCGUUCGUAAAAGCUUUUGUCACUGGCAUGGGUUGGGGCAUGACAACAUCUGGUUUCACAUCGACAGAUUUGCUGUAUGCAACUUCUAUGAUAAUUAACAACAAAAAGUGUCAAAAAAAGUACAAUCGUGCAGAGAAAAAUUACGUCAUUACCGAGGAAAUGAUUUGUGUUGUUCCAGCUGGCAGCAAUCCACGAGCGGGAGCUUGUAUGGGAGAUUCUGGAGGACCCCUGAUCUUAUAUGGCACUUCAAUUCUCGUCGGAAUCGCGAGUUGGACUGAAGUUCAAGAGAAUUGCACGAAAAAAUUCCCGGAUGCGUUCACGAGAGUGACAAAAUACAUCGAUUGGAUCAAGGAACACGUGGAUGAAAGUGACAUUUGGUACAAAUAUGGCGAACAUAACCAAACACAAGAAUGUCCUAAAAGCAUUCCUGAACCAAUAGAAACUACUGAAGUUAGUUCAACGCCUGAAAAGUCGAAUACUGUUGCCGUUUUCAAUCAUAUAACAACUCAAAUAUCAAUUUAAUUCAAAAAAUUGCGAUAAAAAACGACUUUUUUAUUAACAUUUAAUUUUGAGACGACUGAAAAUGAUAAAUUUCGUACACCUCCAUCUUUGAUUCGAAGAUUGAACUAAAUUUAUCAUUUUCAUUCGUCU